UUGAUAAACAAACUUAAGUUACAGCUGUUUUCUUUAAUGGGCCAGUCGCUUGCUUUUGGGAGUAUAGAUAAUGCAGGAGAGCGACGCUCGAUGGCUUUGCGAGAAAUUUUGGACAAUUUUCAAGAAGAACUCAGCAGGCUGCAAAAUCCAGCUAAUUGUAGUGCUGCAAGAAAAUUAGUAUGUACGCUAAAUAAAGCUUGUGGAUUUGGAUGCCAAAUUCAUCAUGCUACUUAUUGCUUUAUCGUGUCUUAUGCUACAAAGAGAACGAUGGUUUUCUUGAAUGAUGGUUAUUCUUGGAGGUAUUCGGCAGAAGGAUGGAAUUACGCUUUUUUGUUUUGCAAAUUGUUGCAGGAUGGUGAUCGAGAAAGUGAGUGGGGAAGUGAUCAAGCGAAAGUGAUGUCAUUGCCCAUCGUCGAUUCAUUGAUUAACCCACCUCCUUAUCUUCCUUUGGCGAUUCCAAAGUCGAUAUCUCAAUUGCUGCUAACUUUUCACUCUAAUCCACCAGUUUUUUUUGUCUCAAUGUUUUUACAUUAUUUAAUGCGUCCAACACCUUAUAUUUCAAAACGUAUUGCUGAAGCCGCAGAAAAAAUCCCCUUUGAUAAAGGUCCCAUAGUUGGGAUACAGAUUCGUCGGACAGAUAAAGUUGGUACUGAAGCCGCGUUCCAUCCUUUGAGUGAAUAUAUGAAAUGGGCUGAACACUGGUUCAAAAUUGAAGAGUAUCGUGCGAAAAAAAAGUUUGAGAGACGGGUUUUUAUCGCUACCGACGAUUCGACUGUAUUUUCAGAGGCGCGCAAAACGUUAGCACUGUUUUUUAUGUUUUUUUCACUAUAUGUGUGCAAUUAUCUUGUUUGUACAUUCAGUUCACAAGUCUGUCGAGUGGGUUAUGAAUUGAUGCAAGCUCGUUUUGGUGAUGCUGGUAAUAAUUUCCAUUCGCUCGAUGACAUUUAUUAUUAUGGCGGACAGCAAGCUCAUGAGCAAAUAGCCGUGGAAGCCCAUAAAGCAAAAACAAAUGACGAGAUUGAUCUCGAAGUGGGUGAUGUAAUUGGUAUUGCAGGGAACCACUGGAAUGGUUAUUCAAAGGGUACAAACCGUCGAACUGGCUCGUUCGGCUUGUAUCCUUCUUACAAAGUUCGUGAGAAGUGGAUUAUUGUUGCUUUUCCUGAAAAUUAA